AGCAGGAAACAGGAUAAAAAGACGAUAUUGAUAGUGAUAAUAAAAUAAUAAUUAUGGUAAUAUUAUUGAUAAAAUGAAAUAACAAAAAUUAGCAGGAAAAAACAAUAAAAUCAAUAAAAGGCCUAAAAGGUUAAAUAAGAAAAGAUUAUAAAUAAAACAAAGGCUAAAAGGACAGUAAGUAGAAAUAAGAUAGAGGUAAAAGAGAUAAUAGAUUAAAAAAAAAUACUUUUCAGAUUAUACCUUUUUUUUUUUUUUUUUUUGCUCAUUUCUGUAGCUGACUGUACAGGUGUAGAUGACGCACCUUUUCUUUAACUUUCAUCUUCCGCCAUCUUGUGGCUAAAUGGGCAAACGACAAUGACACGUGAACCUGCUGUUUGUGUAAGCACUCACAAGCCCCACCCACAACCCCACAUUCUAUUGGUCAGCGAGACCCACCUUUGCACAUGAUUGGACAGAAUAAGCUGUACGUCACACUCCCGGAAGACACAGCCCCUGCCUUUCCCUCCUCAAAGGACAGACCGGUAAGCAUGAACCCAAUAUUUAUUUGAAGAUUUUAGAGUAAAUGUGUGAAACAGGACAGACGGUGUAACGUGACAUUUUCUCUCCAGACUCUGCAGAAAUGCCGACGUCUCCUGUGAAUACGCGGAUCCCUCUGACCAGCUUCGGUCAUCUCAUAACAGAGGUGAAGGUAAGAGCGAGAUGUUGAGUCUUUACAUUAAAUAAUCUCUUUUAUUGCAUUACUUAAUCUCUGUUUUACAGUGAAUGCACACUUAACUACCUGGAAAUCUUAAUUGACCGAUGCUGUUAUUAGUUAAAGCAGUAUUUUGACCAAAAGCAGCAUCUACAAGAAACAGUAAAAGUAGAGAUAAAAGAGCAGAUAUAAAAACAUGUUUGUAAACUUCAAAAGUGACUCAGAAAGAUCUUUAAAGCCUUUCAUAUGAGAGUGAACCAGGACUUGGUCAAAACAUUGAUUUUUCUUCUUUACACAAGUAAAAAAAAAAAAAGAGGACAAUAAAAUGAUAAGUGUGUAUGAGGAAAGAAUAAACAUCAUUAAACCCUUGUGAGAAAUUGCAUUUUCACAGAAACUGAAAACAAAGUCAGGACAAAACAUCAGCUGAUGGACAGAAAGAUGUUCAGAUUCAUAAAAACAUUCAGAAAAAUAGAAAAGGUUAGUUAAGUUACUAUUCACUAUUUAUUUAUUAAUUUAUUUAUUUUUAUGAACAUAUUAAGUUUUUAUUUCCAUUUGCCACAGGGUACAACAAUUUUAUUUUCUGUAUAAACAUACAUUACACAAAAUAAUAUACACAAAUUCAGAGUCACACAAGGAGAAAAAGGAAGAAAAGAAAAAAAAAUACAAUAAACAAAAAAAAUAAAUAUAUAGCUCCCAAUGUGCAUAUUAUGUGGCAGACUUGUGGGUGUCCUCCAUCUCAAACCAUUUUCACACAAUUUUUCCAAUAGUUUUUCUAAUUCCUCUUUCAGUUCAUUAAAAAAGAGUAACAAAAAUAAAUUUCAGACUGAAAAUAGUAAUAUAAUUCAUUAGGCCCCUAUUAAAGGUGGAUAUACAAAUAAAUUGUGGUUGCCCUGUUCACACAAAUAUCCAAACGCAUUCAGAUUACGGUUCAUAAAUUCAGCAUUUCCAUUUAGUUCAUAAAAUAUCUCUUCUCUACUUGAUAAAGUAGUUAAAUUAAUACUCAGCAAAGAAAAGAUAAGGCAUCAUAUAUUUGGCCUUAGUAAACCUUGAUCCAAAGUUAGCAACUAAGUAUGUAUUCAUACACACGUGUGCCAUCGUUUACAUACAUAUAAAACAAAAUAAGUAGGGAAAGGAAUAAAAAACAUCUUGUAACAAGGCAAAUUUCUUCUAAUCUCUCCAUUAACCAUUUAAAUACCCUGGAUUUGGUCAAUAAGUAAAUAUAGGUAUAAAGAUUUCAAGUUGAUAGUUUGAAAUAGACAAUUAUAGGGUUCCAUCUUCUGUGAUCUCCAUGUGAUCUGUGCUGUCAUGUUUUGAAAUAUUGAAUCUGAUGUUCUAAGUUUCUAACUGAGCUUAACUUUCCCUUAUUUUUUAAUCUAUUAUAAGCAGAUAACAACUUAGUUUAAAAUUAACUAUAUGAGAGCAACAGGAGCGGGUCUAACAGUAAACUUCCAUGCUGAAAUGGUAGAUAAAGGACUGUGACUCUCUCUGAGUCUCUUUCUUUCCUUAGGAGUUCAUCCUUAAAUGCAGAAAUUAUGCCUACAUAUCACUGAAAUUAAUACUGAUGCAACUGAAGGACCUAUGAAAGGAAACAAGUCUAUCAGUGACAAGAGUGAUUAUUCUCCAGAUUGAGUGAUUGUUCUCUGGAUUGUUCUCAUUAAUGCCUGAAACCACUUCUGCAGGGUCUGUGUCAGAGAAACUGAUGAGCACACUGCAAAGAUUCACAGUGAGUGGCACUUUUUAGGACUACACACUGGCAUGUACUGCUCAAAAGGAUAAGAGAUAGCCCUUUGUCCACAGGGGGGUGCUAAAAUCAGCAUAGACAAUAAUAAUAAUGAUGAUAAUAAUACAUUUUAUGUAUAGGCGCCUUUCAGGGCACUCAAGGACACCUUACAGAACAAUUAAAAGACACUUCAGUAGAAUAGUAAAAUCAAUAAAAUACACAUCAACACAAAAAAAGUUUUAAAUAAAAAAGUUGUAAGUCUGGACUCUACAGUGGGACAUAAAAUGUUAGUCUGAGUAGACCUGUCUGAAAUAAUGAGUUCUCAGAUGGGAUUUGAAGAUAGAGAGUGAGUCAAUGUUCCUAAUGUCAGGGGGGGAGGGAGUUCCAAAGGCAGGGAGCAGAGCGGCUGAAGGCUCUGGAUCCCAUGGUGGACAGACGGGCCGGAGGCAUAAUGAGGCUGAUGGAGGAGGCAGACCUGAGAGUACGGGUGGGAGUGUUGAUGUGGAAGAGGUCAGAGAGGUAUGGAGGUGCAGCAGAAUUUUGUAGUCCAAGCGGUAUUUGAUGGGAAGCCAGUGAAGUUGGCGGAGAACAGGCGUGAUGGGACUGGUAGAUGGUGUUCUGGUGAUGAUACAGGCGGCAGCGUUCUGGACCAGUUGAAGCUUGUGAAAGGACCUCUGGGGGAGACUAAUGAGAAGGGAGUUGCAAUAGUCCAGGUGGGAUGUUACCAUAGAAAAACCACAAGUUUCUUACGGGAGUUUGUAAGUGAUGCUAUCCAAACAGAGAGAAGAUGAGAAACUAGAGCUAUCAGAUUUGACGUUUUACUGAAACUGGCUAUUUACUUUUCCACUAAUUUUUCAAAUAUACAGAAUGCUGUGCAAAGAAAUCUACUCGGUAAUAACAAUGACAGUCUCUAUCAAUGAUCUCAUGUUUAAAAGUGUGGCACCACGAUGACAGAUGUAAAUGUGAAAGGCUUGUAACAGGGAUUGCUCAUUUUGGCACACAGUAUGUUUGAUUAUCUAAUUCCAAAUGGAGAUUGUCACUGUAAAUUACCUUACCAAUUUAUCAGUUAAAAAUGAAUAAUAAUAACAUAUUUGAGAUGGAGAUACGGUACAGUAUGUGAGUUCAUGAAUGUGGGGCUGCACCAUGCAGGAUGCUAUCUCUGAGUUGUUUAUCUAUAUUAUCUUACAAAGGUUCAAGGUUGUUUUUAUUUGGACCUGUAAGUAGAUUUGGUUUGCCAUAAAUGAGUAACCAAAACAAACAGACACACAACGGGCACAGCGCUGAUAAACAAAGUGACAAGAAAGUCUGAUACUGUCUAGUGAUAACAUUAUAAUGAUCAGUUUAUCAGCCUCUUUUGUGCUUAUCUUCGAUCUGAAGGAACAAUAAAAAUUUGAGGAAAAUAAAAUCUCCCAUUUAGGUCAUUGGAGCACUGCAAAGACGAGAGAUGUAGUCACUUCUUUGGGAAUCUGUUGUACAUGGCAGUGUAGUGCUGUAGUUCACACACCAUAGAUCAGUUCAUUGGCAUUAAUGUAGAGCUGCUUGUCCGAGUCAACCAUCCCUGACAAUCCUGCCAACUCAGGCUCCCUGUUUCUCUGCUAGAGUGACACUGUGCUUAAGCUUUUAACAUUACAGCCAGGGCCAUGCUGUGUAUUGUCAUCAGAGUUAUGAACCCCGAGUAUCUUAAUAAGCUGUUAAUAAAGCUGUAAUGUGAUGUGUUUAAGGUCACAGAACAGGGUGUAAAUCUUACUCCGGAAACAUAGGGAUGUGUUUUAACAGGCCUGAUAUCGUUAUCAACAGCUGUGUUCACUCACAGUACAGUGUGUGCAGAUUCUUGAAGGUUUUUUGGAAGACUAGCACAGAAUUGGGAGAUGACUGACAGUAACAAGCUGAAAGAGGGAGUCCAGUUAAAUCACUUAAUCGAGUCAUAACUAGUACAGGGAGAAAAAACAGUUGCCAAGGCUGAUUUUUCUCUCAGGACAGUAUGUGAUAAAACCUGUACAAAUAUAGUUACAAUCUUACUGUACAUUUGAGAGUGUCACAAAGUGCUUCAAGUCCAUUCUGUCCAGUUAGUGGACACAGGCCUUUUAAUGUGUGUUUCCUCAUUAAGAAGUGACCUCAAGCAAGACGCGGAAUUACAGGGCUGCAGCACCACGGCCGCUUUGAACUUGUUUGUCGGAGUAAAACACGAAUUUACAGUCAAAGAGUUUUCAAUUUAAAAAAAAAAACAACAACAAAGCUCAGCAGUAUCAAACAGAGCACAGCUGCUGUUUCGAAAUUAUUUUGAACUUUCAGUCCCUCGUAUCUCUUCAGUCAACUGUGCGCUUUCAAGUCCAAUAUGUGGAAGGCUGGAGGAGGAAAAAGAGGUUUUCCUCCGCUGAAACCCAUUUCAAGAUAAAUCAGAAUUACAGAGCAGAGCGGCCUCGUCAGCACUCUGCUGUUGCUUCUGGCACAUUUCAUACAAGUCUCAUGUUAACAAUAGAAAUUAGUCCUCUUUCAUGUGAAACUACAGACAUAGAUUAAUACUCAAAAGAAUACAAUAGCUCUGAAUAAAAAGAGACUAAGAUUAUAAGCAUUGGAUUACAUUUCUUGCUUUACACUUUUAAAAGAUCUAAAUGUUACAUAUAUAUAAGCAUCUUUUCUGUCUUCCCUUUUUUUAUUUGUAGUAAACGCUCUGACAUGAGCCUUAGACAUGAUCGUGAGCAGAUUUUGUCUACUGCUGGCAAAGUCAAGCUUCUUGUUUUGAUAAACUUCCAGUCUCUGUGCCAAGUUUAAGCUCGCAGUGUCCUGACUGUGACUUCGUUGAUAUUUGUUUAGACAUGAGAGUGAGAUCAGUCAUCACAUUCAGCUGUGAGAAAGGAAGUCGUUUUAUGAAUUCCCUCAAUGUCAAACUUUUUCUUCUUAACUUCACAGCGAAUACCACAUGGUUAACCUUUUAGCAUAAAAGCUGAAAGCAGUGGAAGCAGCUGUGUUUGACCCAGGAAAAAACCUACAAUAUAAUUUGGGGUGAAAGCAUGUGUCACUUUUGAACCUUAGUUUUAAAGCAAACAGGAUAAAACAUGUUUAUUUGUAGGCUUUAUUGGGGCUGGCAGGCGAAAUUUAUGUCAUGUUAAAAAGUCGAAAGUCAUGCCAAAUUUAUCUAGCUCUGUUAUAUACCACUCCUCCAAGACAAUUCAAAAAAUUAAAACAAAUAACAAAAUACAAUAAACAACAAAAAAGUAAAUCCACUACUUAUUUUACAAAAUUAAAGAGACAUGUAUAACAAAGCCGAUGAAAAGGCAGACAGUAAAUUGAGCUUCAACAAUGGGGGAAAAAAGGACCCUGAAAAUAGCAUUAUGAGAUAAGCAAAAACUUUUUGGUCCACUUGGAGGCGCCAAAAUUGACAAAAAGCGAAAGUUCCUCAUGGUAUUUCAGUGCAGAUAUGGUUUUGUAAAAUACCAAUAUAAUAAUAAUAUGUAAAGUAAGAUAUUCACAUAUUUUUUCAGAAUCUAGCAGUUCUGUAAAUUAUCUUAACACAUGCAGAAAAAGAAAAAAAAAAGUUAGAUUACAGAUUAAAGCUUUUAUCACACAGUCCAGCUCUCAUGGCAGUAACAGUGCAGUGGUCCUGAGUGCAGUGGUCCUGAUGGUUCGCAGGAGUUCCUGCUGAUGAAUAAUCCACUUCACUCUAAUUUAACCUGCUUUUUUAAUGUGAUUUCCUGAGUCCCAAAACAGUUUGUUUUCCCAAUCCAGUCUUAUCACAUCAGCCAACAAACCACAUGUUUCAACAUGCCUUGAUGUUUUGGUCUCAACUGACACUAAGGCAUUCAAAGAAGUUUCACAUUUUCUUGUCACACAGUUCUCAGAUAAAGACUGUGUUUCAUAGUUGCGUGCAACGCUUUAUCACAGCAGUAAUAAUGCUGUGAUGACAGAUGAUCCUGUCAUUUAUGGUUUCACUUUCAGUAUGACAGCACACAGCUCUUAUGCUUUGUAAUAUGCAAUAUCUGUCCAAACAGAGUUUCAGGGAAAUCAUAAGCUACUGUAGACUAGACAACAGGUAAUUUUAGCAUCCAGCCACUUGCUAUCUAAUACUACUGUAAGAAAGUAACAGAGAGCUUAUAUUACUGUUGUAGAGUUAGAAAACAUGAUGUUCGUUAGGAUCAGUGGAUGUUUUAGUGUCAAGAAACCGGCGAAAUUCUUACACUAACUGUUGCCAAUGGCUUGUCAUGUUUGAUUUUUUUCCCUUGAAAUAUAACUUCUCUCUACAAAUUUUUACUAAAGUGACGACUAUUGCUUAGAAUCCCCAGAAUCAACAAUUAGCUAACAGUACAGGUCCCGUCAUAGUACUACUAGCCACCAAACAUCUUUUUAGCUUUGCCUGAUUUCUUUAGCAAAGAGACAAAACACAACCCACCCACUCUCUUCCAGCAGCCGCUUGUUUGUAGGGAGAGCUUGGAUGAGUCCAUCACUGACUGUAUCGGGGUGAUGCAGCUUAAGGAAGAGCAUUUAUGAUCAUUUCUUCAUGGAAAUGCAAUCAGGCCGAGAUGCUAAGGCAGAAGAACUACCGGGUCUGCCAUGCAAAAUGAUUAAUAUAAUGAUUAUUACUUCAAGGAAAUUAUAAAGUACUGUUGAUGAAGUUAGGUGCUGUUCUGAGCAUUAUUUGUGGCUAAAGAGUGGCUUUUUGGUUGAGGUGUGCGAAUGGAUCCAUAGACCGCUGUGUAUUGCUAUCGUGUGGUCAUUACUAAAGUUGGUAUAACUAGAGAAGCAAGUGGUCAGCAAUAUUCAUCUCUCGACGGGGGUGUCUAACUCAGUGUUACCGUGUGUUUGACCAUAACUUAAUUUUACGCCGGAAAAUCCCAUUAAUAAGAUAAUGACAAAAUAUGAAGCACUCUCACUGUAGCACUUCCUCUUACUGGUUUGGUUUGUGGAAUUUUUGUGUUUUUCAGAAGCAGCUGUUCGGCAUUAAGGCCCCAACUUCUGUGGAACUGACUGGUUUGAGGAAAUACUUCAACAGCUACACACUACAGGGCCGCCGAAACGUAAAUUAUGCUGACAUAGUUUGGCUCUGGAUGACAACAUUUACAGGAAUGUAUGCUUCCUUUUUUCCUUUGUCUCAUAUGACUCUCCUCUUUCUCUUUCAGUGUGUGCUGGCCACUUACGGGGUCUUUGCUGCGGCUGCAGCUGCCUACUUCAUGCGCAGACAAAACAAAAAAGAGCCCCAGACGUCCAGCUCCACCUAAACGAUGGAAGGAAACUGACAGGACUCCACCUGUACCCUAUUAAUAAAUUCUGUUUAAUUGUACA